GACUCCUCCUGUUUGGGACUCGGGGGGAGAGUGCGGGGAGACAAAUAAAACCUCGGGCGGCGGCGACUGGUGGGAAGACUUGAACUUGAGUCUCGAACCACUGCAUCCCCGACUCUCUGCCCAGACUCUUCACUCCGCGGCACCCUCAAACCCCAGCCCAGGCCGGGGCGCACGAGCCAGCCAGCGCACCUGCAGUCCUCGCCCGGACGCGCCGCGCCCCCUCGGAACCAGGCUGUGCUCCGAGCAGCCUUCGCCCCUCAAGCCAGCCACAGUCCCUGCCAGGCCGGGUGGGCGUCAAGAUGAAGGCGGCCCGCUUCGUGCUGCGCAGCGCUGGCUCGCUCAACGGCGCCGGCCUGGUGCCCCGAGAGGUGGAGCAUUUCUCGCGCUACAGCCCGUCCCCGCUGUCCAUGAAGCAGCUACUGGACUUUGGUUCAGAAAAUGCAUGUGAAAGAACUUCUUUUGCAUUUUUGCGACAAGAAUUGCCUGUGAGACUCGCCAACAUUCUGAAGGAAAUUGAUAUCCUCCCGACCCAAUUAGUAAAUACCUCUUCAGUGCAAUUGGUUAAAAGCUGGUAUAUACAGAGCCUGAUGGAUUUGGUGGAAUUCCAUGAGAAAAGCCCAGAUGACCAGAAAGCAUUAUCAGACUUUGUAGAUACACUUAUCAAAGUUCGAAAUAGACACCAUAAUGUAGUCCCUACAAUGGCACAAGGAAUCAUAGAGUAUAAAGAUGCCUGUACAGUUGACCCAGUCACCAAUCAAAAUCUUCAAUAUUUCUUGGAUCGAUUUUACAUGAACCGUAUUUCUACUCGGAUGCUGAUGAACCAGCACAUUCUUAUAUUUAGUGACUCACAGACAGGAAACCCAAGCCACAUUGGAAGCAUUGAUCCUAACUGUGAUGUGGUAGCAGUGGUCCAAGAUGCCUUUGAGUGUUCAAGGAUGCUCUGUGAUCAGUAUUAUUUAACAUCUCCAGAAUUAAAGCUUACACAAGUGAAUGGAAAAUUUCCAGACCAACCAAUUCACAUUGUGUAUGUUCCUUCUCACCUCCAUCAUAUGCUCUUUGAACUAUUUAAGAAUGCAAUGCGGGCAACAGUUGAACACCAGGAAAAUCAGCCUUCCCUUACACCAAUAGAGGUUAUUGUUGUCUUGGGAAAAGAAGACCUUACCAUUAAGAUUUCAGACAGAGGAGGUGGUGUUCCCCUGAGAAUUAUUGACCGCCUCUUUAGUUAUACAUACUCCACUGCACCAACGCCUGUGAUGGAUAAUUCCCGGAAUGCUCCUUUGGCUGGUUUUGGUUACGGCUUGCCAAUUUCUCGUCUGUAUGCCAAGUACUUUCAAGGAGAUCUGAAUCUCUACUCUUUAUCAGGAUAUGGAACAGAUGCUAUCAUCUACUUAAAGGCUUUGUCUUCUGAGUCUAUAGAAAAACUUCCAGUUUUUAACAAGUCAGCCUUCAAACAUUAUCAGAUGAGCUCUGAGGCGGAUGACUGGUGUAUCCCAAGCAGGGAACCAAAGAACCUGGCAAAAGAAGUGGCCAUGUGAAGAGGGACACUCAGGACACUUUACGGGAUCAAAGUGGGUCUGCACCAGUGCUGCUUCCUGAAUGUUUGUGUGUGAACCCUUGUUUCCUCCAAAACAAACGACAGCAACGAAAACUCCUUAAUCAGAACACUGAUCCAAUGAGGAAUGGAGCUUGUUUCUGUGACCCAGGAGAACUUAGUGCAAGACUACAGGAGUUAACAGAUGGCCAGCUCCUUAUUUUUUAAUGUAGAAUAACUCCUGAGUUUAUAUCAAAUCCUGAAGAAAUAA